AUGGCUGACCUAGGUGGAGAUGAAGCUGAAAUGGCAAGAGCAAUGAAAAGACAACUAGAUGAGAUACUCAAGAGGUUGGGGGUGAAAAGGGAACAUCUGUAUUGCACUGAUACAAGUUUGAGUGAGCCAACUAGUAGUGGUACGAGUAGAACAUCAACCCCAAAGUAUAGCCCACCACACAUGAGAAAUUUUGAGAAGAAUACAACCAAUGAAGAAGGACCAUGGAGGAACAAUGGUAGGUGGAGAAAUGUGCAUAGUGAGUAUUAUCAAAAUGAUGUGAGUAAUAAUGAAAAUAAUAGAAAUCAUCAUGAUAAUAAUAAUACAAAUAUCAGAGAUGUAAAUAAUCGAUCUGACAAUAAUGGCUAUAACUGGGGAGGUAAUAAUAGAGGUUACAAUGCAAACUAUGGUGGUAAUUAUAAUAAUGGAAAUGGGAAUGGUAACAACAAUUGGAAUAAUGGAAAUAACAACAAUAGUAAUAACAGUAAUGGCGAUGGUUAUAAUGGUAACAACAAUUACAAUGGUGGUGGAAAUAAUGGCAAUCAUGGCAAUAAUGGUGGUAAUCAUAAUGGAAGAAACAUAAAUAAUCAAAAUAAUAACAGUCAUCACAGGCCACCCAUGACCAUUGAGAGAUAUAGGCAGUUAGAUUUCACUGGCAUAGUCGGUCAUCCAAACCACAUAUCAAAUGACUUGAGAAAUGUUAUUCCUAAAUUCACUGGGAAUGGAACAGAUACUGUUGAACAACAUGUUAUGAAUGUUUAA